AGGCGGAGCCAUGGGCAGGGCUUCCUAGUUAAAAGGCUGAAAAAUCGUGUACCCAACACACCGAAGGAAGUCCGGGGGCCUCUUCCACCGAGUCCGAGUGACCCCUCCCCCUGCAUUCUGGAAGAGGCCACCAUGGGACGCCCCCCACCCUGUGCCACCCAGACGUGGAUCCUUCUGUUUCUGCUGAUGGGAGCGUGGGCAGGACUCACCAGAGCUCAGGGAUCCAAGGUCCUGGAGGGUCAGGAGUGUGCACCCCACUCCCAGCCUUGGCAGACAGCCUUGUUCCAGGGCCCGAGACUGGUCUGCGGGGGUGUCCUGGUAGGAGACAACUGGGUCCUCACUGCAGCCCACUGCAAAAAACAGAAGUACUCAGUGCGCCUGGGAGAUCACAGCCUGCAGAGUAGAGAUGAGCCAGAACAGGAGAUCCAGGUGGCUCAGUCUAUCCAGCAUCCUUGCUACAACAGUAGCAACCCAGAGGAUCACAGUCACGACGUAAUGCUCGUUCGAAUGCGCCGUUCAGCAAAACUCGGGAACAAAGUAAAGGCCAUCAACCUGACCAAUGAGUGUCCCAGAGUUGGCCAGAAGUGCACCAUAUCAGGCUGGGGCACUGUCACCAGUCCUCGAGAGAACUUUCCAGACACUCUCAACUGUGCACAAGUGGAAAUCUUUUCCCAGAACAAGUGUGAGAGGGCCUACCCGGGGAAGGUCAACGAAGGCAUGGUCUGUGCCGGCAGCAGCAAUGGAGCCGACACCUGCCAGGUCAGAGCUCGACUUCAUCUGUCCUUCCGCAGGCACAGUCCACCAUCAGGAUCUGUCACUGGCCUGGGGCUUGCUAAGUCGGCUAGGCUGGCCAGCAAGCAAGCCCCAGGAAUCCAUCUGUGUCUACCUCCCCAGCCCUGGGUUCUGGUCUUCAUGCUCCCAACUGAGCUAUCUUCCCAGCUCCCAGACUCUGACAUUUCUUUCUCCUUAGGAAUGGGGCUAUUUAUUGUCUUAUCUGUGAAAUGAGGGUGACAAGCCUCGAUCCACUCCAUAUGAGAAUGAACAAGUGGGCUAGAGAGGCAACUCACUGGUUAAGAGCACUUGCUACUCUUCCAGGGGACCAGGGCUCAGUAUCCAGCAACCAGGUCAGGUGUCUCAAAACCACCUGUAACUCCAGCUACAGGCGACCUGACUCCCUCUUCCAGCCUCCACAGCUACUGCACUCACAUGCACCUACCCCCACACAAAGAUAUACACACAUACACAUAGAUAAAAUCUUUUUAAAAAUCAGCUGCAAGGUCUAGAAGGAUCUCACACAUGUCCUGUAGGUCGCCAAGAAAUGAAACCCUCUUCUUUCACUGCAUGCUGGGCUUAGCACCCUCUCUGUACCCACAUUUCUCAUGCAUACCUUUAGGUAACCCUUCCAGUAUGCUUUGCUCUCCCACCUUAGAGAAGGGCACCGUGAGACUCAGAAGAGUGAGGUCACUCACCUGAAGUCACAGGGUAAGCAACAGGUUUGACUGACCUGUGAGGCCACGUUCUUUUCUGUCACACCCUGAGGCAGAAUGGCUCAGCAGGACUGAGUGUGAGGGAGGUGGCUUUGUGGGUGCCAGAUAGUUUGCAAAAUAUUAUUUAUUUAAGUACCUCCAGCUGAUGUGGGCUGGCUGCUAAAGAGAACAACAGUGAACACCACACACACACGUUGAGCUGCUCCCAGGGACCAGGGAUUAGUCAUAAAUCCAGCCUUACUAAUGAAGACUGUGACAGUGUGACAGGCAUGCACAGUAACAUCUAGGGAUUUCAAAAUAAACAAGCCUUUCAAACACCAGAGCUUUUUCCCUCACUCCCCCGACCCCUAUGCAACAUGUAGCCCAGCUAGACUCAGACUACCCAUGCAGCCACAGCUGACCUUGAACUCUCGGUCCUCCUGCUUCCAGCCUCCCCAGCUGCUGGGAUUACAGCCAUGAACCACCACACUUGGUUUAUGCAGUGUUUCCAUGGCUCCAUGGAUGCUUGAUUUGGGAGUCCAAGUUGGAAAGCUAACAUGCCCCGAGGCCAGAGUCCCAUGACGGGGUCUACAUCUGGAGUCUGACUUGGGACUGGAUGGGAAUAAGUGUCCUGAGCCUUAGUAACUUAGUUUGAAUAAAGUCAUCAUGGUCUUUGUGUCAGGACAACAUGGCAAAAAUGAUCUUACCAUUGGUCUGAAAGGAAGGAUCAAAACUGUGUUGAGAAGUCAUGUUCAGGGUAACAGGUUGUCAUCCCAGCCACCAGGGAAACAGGCCGUGGCAGGAGGAUCAGACAUUCAGCUAUAGACUAAGUUCAAGUUCAGCCUGGAGGAGCAGAGCGAGAUGUAGUCUCAAGAUGUAGUUCAACAGCAGAGCCCCUGCCUAGAAUCCCUCAUAAGGGGCUGGAUGUGGCUCAGUGGUAGAGCUUUUGCCUAGACUCCCUCAGUGAGUGGCUGGGGCAUGGCUCUCAGCUUCCUGCUCCAGUUGCCCUGGCUGCUACCAAUCAUUAUGAAUGCAACUCUCUGGAACCAUAAGCCAAA